UAAAAGUCUCAAAGACAUCUGCUGAAUGUCUUAUUGACAUUUUCCUUAUUUAUGAUUUCACUUUUUUUUUUUUAUUUCAGCAUGUUAAUUUGUGUGAUUUCAUGUAUUGUUAAUUUAUCAAAGGGAAGUUGUAGAUUAUGGAUGCCUCAUUAAUAUACAGUAGUAACUAGUAGAUUCAGAGAAAUGUUUAAAUAUAAAAUGGGUGUGGAAGGAGCCUGUUCACACACUGUUAGCAAGGAUAAGCCUUACCAGAGAUGUGUCCUUAGAAUCUUCAAACCCUAUAAUCAAAUGUAGAACCUUGGAAUCAGAAAACCAAAUCAACUAAUCAGGAUAAAUAGAAAUGUGAGGCAUUGAUUGUAUGGGUUUAAGAUUCAGAAGUUCAAUCCAAAGUUCUAAGUUUGACUGAAUAAGUUUGAUUCAGUGAUUAAGGGGUUGAUUGUCCACACUAAUCCUUUUUCGUUUAAAAAUGUCAUCGUUUUACAAAUUAUGUGGUACUAGACACCGUUUUCAAAAGUCUCAGUUUUUGGUGGAGAAAACACUUUUCCAGUGUGGAUGAGUGGCAUAAACCUAGCAAAAUGAAGUAAUUAACACUUUUUCACAUGAAAACAUUUUAGUGUGGACGUGGCCGAAGGUACGUGUGAUAUGGAGAUUCAAAGGUUGAUUUUGAAGUUCUAAGGUUGAUUCUAAGUUUGUAUGUUUAAUUAUUAGAUGAUUCUGAGGUUUUAUGGUUGGUUCUGAUGUUCUAAGAUGGAUUCUAAUGCUGCGUUUCCACUGGCGCGAGAGUUAUCUGCUCAUUGCCGCUCACAACACUAAGGAACAGCUUGCUGCUAUCAAUCCCACAAUCCACCUCGCGAGCGUGACACUCGGCUUCCAUGGGAAUGCAUUGAAAAUGCUCGCUCACCUUUGCUCACAAUGCGCCAGUUGAAAUGUACAGUAAGGAUCUAUGUUUCCUUAGAUGAUUCUAAGGUUGAUUCUGAGGUUCUAAAGUUUGAUUUUAAGGAUCUGUGUUUGAUUCUUAGAUGAUUCUAAGGAAGUAUAUGUCUCUGCAGAACAAAAAUGAGGCUUCAAAAUCUGUGGGCUACGUUUUCAAACCGAGAUGGGCUUCUCACCUCAACGACGUCUGAGCUCACAUAGAGGUUCCUUAUUUUGAUUAGACGGUGGUUGAAAAAUGCUUGUUCCGGUUUGAAAACUUCCACUGAUUGGGAAACCCCCAUUUUUGUUCCACAGAGACGUCAAUCUCAUUCUAAGGUUGAUUAUAAAAUGAUGGUAUAUUCCAUAAUGGUGGUAUAUUCUAAAGAUAAUUUUUAGAUUCUAAGGUUGAUUUUAAAGUUCUAAUAUAAUUUAAUGGGAAAUUUCAAGGUUCACUCUAAGGGUGUUUUUGAAAUUCUAAAGGUUGAUUCUGAAAUUCUACGAUUGUAAUGUUUAAGAGUUGAUUCUGGUGACUCCAGCAAGGUCUCCUAAGCAACCAAUUGGCCCGGUUGCUAUGGUGGGUGGAGUCACAUGGGUAACCUCAUCGUGGUCACUAUAAUGUGGUUCUCGUUCUCAGUGGGCACGUGGUGAGUUGUGCGUGGAUGCAGCAGAGAAUAGCGUGAAGCGUCCACACGCGCUAUUUCUCCACGGUAAUGCACACAACAAACCACGUGAUAAGAUGUGUGGAUUGGCGGUCUCCGACGUGGAGGCAACUGAGAUUCGUCCUCCGCCACCCGGAUUGAGGCAAGUCAUUACGCCACCACGAGGACCUACUAAGUAGUGGGAAUUGGGCAUUCCAAACUGGGGAGGGAAAAAAAAGUUGAUUCUGGGGUUCUAAGGUUUCUUGUUAAUUUUGGAUGUUGGUUCUACCUCUGGGUUGAGUUAGAAUUUUCUACCUCUGGGUUGAUUUUGAGAUUAUUCUAGGGUUUUAAAUUUGAUUACAGAGUUUCAAGAUUAAUUUCAAGGUACAUUCUAGGGUUCUAAGAUUGAUUCUGAGAGUUUUCUAAGGUUCCGCCUCUAAUUAUAAGGUUUUAAGAUGGAUUUCAAGGUGGAUUCAAGGGUUCUAAGAUUGUUUCUGAGAGUUUUCUAAGGUUCUGCAUUUGAUUAUAGGGUUUAACGAUUGAUUUCAACAUGGAUUCUAGGGUUCUAAGAUUGAUUCUGAGAGUUUUCUAAGGUUCUGCCUCUAAUUAGAAGGCUUUAAGAUGGAUUUCAAGGUUUAUUGUAGGGUUCUACGAUUGAUUCUGAGAGUUUAAGAUUCUGUAUUUGAUUAUAGGGUUUUAAGAUUAAUUUCAACGUGGAUUCUAGGAUUCUAAGAUUAAUUCUGAGAGUUUUCUAAGGUUCCACAUUUUAUUGUAGGGUUUUAAGAUUUAUUCUAAUGUCUCAUAUUUUGGACAGCAAGCACGCUGAAACACAUUACAUGAUUUUGUGAUUUAGAGUAUGGGUGUACAAACUACGUCUUCACUAGUGUGUUCUCUUUGCAGUCGCCACCAGUUCUCUUUAAAAUGUCCCGAUACCAAGCAUCGUACUACAGAGUAGAGCUGCUGUUGUGUGAGCGGCCAAACUGAGUUAUUUGAGCACACUCUCCUCACACUCAAGCACACUCUCCUAAAAUGUUCUUUGGGAAGUUGCACUGGGAAGUUUAAUUGUAGUGAACUGGUUUAUUCUAAUGUUUCAAUGAAACAUGAAAAAUGCUUCACGGGCUUCUCAGCGCCACUUGAGAGUAAGACGUAGGAGAGAGCUCAGUAGACAUCCAUGCCUGUUCUGCAUGCGCUCAGCUCGCACAUGCGCUUCAACUAAACAAAAGGGAGUGCAAUCAUUUUGAUCAAAUUAAAAUUGCAUUUGUAACACAAGGAAAAACAGAACAGAAACUAUGAUUGGAUUACUAAAAAAUAAAGUCUAAUUCUUCCUUGAAUCCUGCAUCACACCAAAAAAAAAAAAAAAAACCUCAGUAGUAGUUCUAAAUGUGCUUUGCAAUUAAACUUUUUUUUUUUUUAUAAUAAUAAAAACACAAAAUCCAAGGGCAGUGAAAGUAACAGAAGCUUAAUAUAAUAUUUAUAAUUAUAACAGUUUACAUUUUUAUUUACAUCACUGUUCCAUUACAAGUGUUCUUGGUAAGAGAAAUGUCCUUUAUUAACACAAAGUGUAGUUAAAACUUUCAUAAUAUUAAGCAAUAAAAAGAUGAUGUAAAAGGGGCAAUGUAGUAUCACUUAGACUUUUUUCAUUCUUAUUACAUUCUUUAGAGUCAUGCGUAUCUUCAGCAUCCAGUGUGAGAAAGGAAGAGAAGGCAACAAGAAGGGAAGGGGCAGGAAAUGUUGCCCUGCUCCUAACAAUGACUUUAUUUCUCUCGAAAGUGUGUGUGUGGGAGAGGGGGAGAAGCGGAAGAGAAUGAUCAAUGUGUGUGUGUGUGUGUGUGUUUUGUUGUUUCCUUCCAGGCUGCGUCACCACUGAAGGCCCUGAGAGAGAGAAAGAGUGAAAGUGAAGAGACAUUACAUCACAAAGUGGCAAAGGAAGUGCGAGAGAGAGAGAGAGAGAGAGAGAGAGUGUGAGAAAAGGAGACAGAGUGAGACGAACGGAAGGGAGAGCAAGAGAAGAGGACACAACAUCAAGCAGAAAGUAGAGCACUGGGCUCACCCCCUGACCCUUGAACUUUGACCUCGGAGCAAACAUGAAUGACCAGAAUGUGGUGAAAGAGGGCUGGGUGCAGAAGAGAGGUGAAUACAUUAAGAACUGGAGACCGCGGUACUUCCUGUUGAAGACUGAUGGAUCGUUUAUUGGAUAUAAAGAGAAGCCACAAGAUGCUGAUCUGGCAUAUCCACUCAACAACUUCUCUGUGGCCAAGUGUCAGCUGAUGAAGACGGAGAGACCUAAGCCCAACACCUUUAUCAUCAGGUGUCUGCAGUGGACCACUGUGAUUGAACGCACCUUCCACGUGGACACGCCCGAGGAGAGGGAUGAGUGGGUGGAGGCCAUUCAGAUGGUGGCGGACAAGCUCGCCAAACAGGAAGAGGAAGGAAUUCUGUGUAGCCCGAUAUCCCAGAUCGAAAACGUCAAUGAGGAAGAGAUGGACACAUCAACCAGUCACCACAAACGAAAGACAAUGAAUGAUUUUGACUAUCUGAAGUUACUGGGGAAAGGCACGUUUGGGAAGGUGAUUCUGGUGAGAGAGAAAGCGAGCGGCACAUAUUAUGCAAUGAAGAUCCUGAAAAAGGAGGUUAUUAUUGCUAAGGAUGAAGUGGCUCAUACACUUACAGAGAGCAGAGUUUUGAAAAACACUAGGCAUCCAUUUUUAACUUCGCUGAAGUACUCGUUUCAGACGAAGGAUCGUUUAUGUUUUGUUAUGGAGUAUGUGAAUGGAGGAGAGUUAUUUUUUCAUUUGUCGAGAGAACGUGUAUUUUCGGAGGAUAGAACCCGUUUCUAUGGCGCUGAGAUUGUCUCUGCAUUGGAUUACUUGCACUCCGCCAAGAUCGUUUACCGUGACUUGAAGCUGGAAAACCUGAUGUUGGAUAAAGACGGUCACAUAAAGAUCACUGAUUUCGGUCUGUGUAAGGAGGGCAUCACAGACGCAGCCACCAUGAAAACAUUCUGUGGGACUCCGGAGUAUCUGGCCCCCGAGGUAUUGGAGGACAAUGAUUACGGAAGAGCCGUGGACUGGUGGGGUCUGGGGGUCGUUAUGUACGAGAUGAUGUGUGGACGCCUCCCCUUUUAUAAUCAGGACCAUGAGAAGCUUUUUGAACUGAUUCUGAUGGAGGAGAUUAAAUUUCCCAGAACUCUCUCUGCUGAUGCCAAGUCCUUACUGUCUGGAUUACUCAUCAAAGAUCCCAACAAGAGGCUUGGAGGGGGACCGGAUGAUGCUAAAGAAAUCAUGAGGCACAGUUUCUUCACAGCGGUGGACUGGCAGGACGUCUAUGACAAAAAGCUCGUACCGCCGUUCAUGCCGCAGGUAUCGUCUGAAACUGACACCAGGUAUUUUGAUGAGGAGUUCACAGCACAGACCAUCACCAUCACUCCUCCAGAGAAAUAUGAUGAGGACGGGAUGGACUCAGCUGAUAGCGAACGGAGACCACAUUUCCCACAGUUCUCUUAUUCAGCCAGCGGGCGGGAGUGAUGUCAUCAAACAAUGCCACGAUUCAUCCGAUUCACCAUUUACAAAACCUGCGUAGCCAUGCUAGAAAGAGCCUCCCCUCUCUCAACCCCCUCCUAUUCAUUACCGAUAGACAUAGCAAGUUAUUUUUGUUGCUUUCUUUACUUUUUUUCUUUUGAUGUGGGACUUAAAAAAAACAAAAGGGGUUUUGCACAGUUGGGUGAGACUUGAGCAAGUCGACCCACAUUUUAAAAAGUCUUGUACACUUUCUGCUUGUUUACAGAUCAUGGACAGUGUUUUUGGUCAAAUGAUCAGUAUUGUUAAUGACGACCUGAUUUUCUUUUUUAUUUUGCACUUGUUUAAGAGCCGUUGUUGGGAACAAACCAAAAAUGUUGCCUUAUGUGUGUGGAUCUCAUCUGUCAGACAGACAGAUGGAUGACAGACAUGUAGUUAGGGUUAUUAGACGCAGCACUAGUUCUGUUCCUGUGAGGCUCACAAAUUAAAUUUAGUUGAUUUUCAUGUUACACACAUCCUCCUUUGGAUGUGCUGGAGGGUUUUAAUCUUUAUCGAUGUUUUCGAUAAGAAGAAAUAUGUAAAAAAAGAGUGGGAAAGUGUAUCAGAGAACACUAGUGUUAAUAUUUUUGUUUUUUAAUCCUUACACUCUGAUAUGAAGGUUUAUGUUACAAAUACACAACUGUACAAUAAACUGCCGUUACUGUAAGCUCUCUCAGGCAAUUCAGAGCACAAGAGUGAAUCUCACGAAACCUGGCAAGAACAUGUUCCCAUCAUAUUUCUACCCAAGUCAUAAGAUAGACAUAAGAAAUUAUAUUUUGCAUAAAGAAAAUUAAGUCUGUUUAAAGAACAAUUAAGAUUUUUGCCAUUGUGACGUUAUUUUUAACACAAUUGAGCAACACCCCAAUUUUCAUUACCGUAAUUUGAAAAGUAUCUGAUUCUCAUUACUAUAGUACGAAACAAAAUAGUCAUUUCAAUUUUACAGUAUUUAUGUCAUGAUAGAACUGGUUGUACAAAACGCAAUUUCCGCCAAAUUUUCAUUACCGUAAUGUGAAAAAAUCUCAUACUGUAAUACAAAAAUAAAAUAGUCAUUUAUACUUUAAAGUAUUUAUGUCAUGGUAGUGUUUGUUGUACAAUAAUUUUGGCAUUCUGACAUUAUUUUCAUGACAAUGAAGCACACCCCCCCCGCCCCCAAUUCUCAUUACCGUAAUGUAAAAAAAAAAAAAAUCUCAUACUGUAAUAUGAAACUAUAGUCAUCUAAAUUUUUAAGAAUUUAUGUCAUGGUAGCAUUUGUUGUACAAUAAUUUUGGCAUUGUGACGUUUUCAUGAAAAUCAAGGACAGUUUUCCCCAAAUAUUCAUUACCGUAAUGUGAAAAAAAUCUCACGAAGUUUGGCAUUGUAUUUUUUACGUGGCAUUUAUUGUACUGGCUUUAAGCGAAUUUAAAUAAAAAUCAUUGUAUUACAAUAUGUUUCCGCUGUAAUAAAGUAAAAAAAAAAAAUAUAUAGUUUUAAUGGGAAUCACCUUUGACAAUUAUGUUAUGGAUGCAUUACAGAAAAAAAUGUGCUUAAUUGUCAUGAAAAUAAUGUCAUAAUGCAAAAAUGUGCAAUGGUCCUUUUUUUUUAUUUUUUAUGCAAAAUAUAAUUUAUUGUAUUUUUCUUUUUUGUUUUGCGCUGAAAUGUGACCUGGACAUAUUUUCAUGAGAUUCACCCACAAAUCUACCCACCGACGGAGUGAAACCUACUCAAAUAUGAUGUUUAAUCAUCUUGUCCUUUAUUCCUCAUAUUUGGUUUGCUGAAGUGGACCACUUUGAACUUUAUACAGUCUCCAAAACGGAUUAAACCAUUAAGGACAAUGUGUAAGGACUCAAUUUGGGUGGCGUUUCACCUUUACUGUAUAGAUCAACAGGUAUGUCUCUCUCACCCAGCACAGAGAAAGACAACUCAACCACUAUCCCUCACAUCAAAACACAAAGAGUUAACUUAUAAUAGUUGGAGUAAUGUCAAACUAUUCCAGAAGAUGUAAAUACAAACCUCUCUAUCUCUUUUUACCAUUAACGUUACAUUUAUUAUGAUUUUUUGCAUCGAAAAGUUACGAUUCUGUCUCCUUAGGUGUGGAAAUCGUAUGGAUGUGUGUUGUGUGCAUUUAAAAUCAAUACCAAGUCAGAUCACAGACUCAUUAUAUGUGCAACUGAGCCAUGCAAUACCUGUGUGAAUGACCCUUGACCCCGAAGCCAUCCCAAGUGUGAUGUACAUAUGCAAUGCCUUUGUGAUGCGUCACAGCUCAAGACAAACGUUGUGACAGUAAUCAUGUGUGAAUUGAUGGAUUACAAAAAUGAAAAAAACAUGAAUUGAAAAAUAUUUUCUGAAAUGACACAAAAUCAUCGGAAGACGUGUAUCUUGUGGAUGUUUCCAUAGAGACAUGUUGCUAUGGUUUCAGUCCCAUCCUGUUUGUACCUGAUCCAGUGAACCUUUUGGAAACCGCUGGUAUUCUUCAUAGCGAAUGAUAUGAGUGUGUGUGUGUGUGUGUGUGUACGUUCAAGUUUAUUUUCACGCUGUGACAUUUGGUCUGGCUAACAGCAAAUCCUCAUUAGGUUUUCUAAUGUUUUGUUUGUUUCAGCGUAUUUUUGUACCAUAGAUGUAAUUUAGUUGUAUUUAUUUUCGUACGUUGGGAUGAAGGACGCUGUCGGACGCAUUUAUUAAGUGCUCUCUCUUUCCUUAUUUUUUUUUUUACCUUUCCUUUAGUCAUUUGCCUGUUUUGUUUUCAUACCAAAACAUUAAGGCAAGUGCCCGUAGUGGUCUUGCAUUGCCAUUUGGUAGUAUUUAUUUUAAGUUAUAUUAAAAUGUUCAAAUUUC